AUUCUUCCACCCCCCCUAUUUUCCAUAUAGAGGGUGAGAGACAGAGCAACACCACAGCAUUGCCCCACAGUUUGUGAAGCUUCCCAUUUGCAUGAUGUGAUGGGGGGGUAUGAACUUGGGUCCUUGCACAUGAUAAUGUGCUUUCUUCCAGGUAUUUUAAAAAUAUUUAAUCAUUCAUGAGUUGAGCUUCAUUCUUGAGUCAUGGAUGACAAGGCUUCUGUUGGAAAAAUCAGUGUCUCCUCAGAUUCAGUAUCUACUCUUAAUAGUGAAGAUUUUGUCUUGGUUACCAGGCAAGGAGAUGAGACACCUUCUACAAAUAAUGGAAGUGAUGAUGAGAAAACUGGACUCAAGAUUAUAGGGAAUGGAAGUGAGCAGCAGCUGCAAAAAGAGCUAGCAGAUGUACUGAUGGAUCCUCCAAUGGACGACCAGCCAAGGGACAAGGAACUUGUGGAAAGGUCACAACUGGAUUGUGUAGGAGAUGGGCCUCUUUCUAAUCAGCUCUCAGCUUCAUCCACCAUUAACCCUGUGCCACUAGUAGGGCUCCAAAAACCAGAGAUGAGCCUGCCAGUGAAAUCUGGACAAGGAGAUUCUGAAGGAUCAAGUCCUUUCACUCCAGCAACCGAUGAGGACAGUGUAGUUUUCAGUAAACUAACUUACUUAGGCUGUGCCUCAGUAAAUGCCCCUAGGAGUGAAGUGGAAGCCUUAAGAAUGAUGUCUAUUUUAAGAAGCCAGUGGCAGAUCUCACUGGAUGUAACCCUGUCUGUACCGAAUGUUUCUGAAGGAACUGUCAGACUCUUGGAUCCUCAGACAAACACUGAAAUAGCAAAUUACCCUAUCUAUAAAAUCCUCUUCUGUGUUAGAGGGCAUGAUGGAACACCUGAGAGUGAUUGUUUUGCUUUCACUGAAAGUCACUACAAUGCAGAGCUCUUCAGAAUACAUGUCUUCCGGUGUGAAAUACAAGAAGCUGUAAGCCGGAUACUUUACAGUUUUGCUACUGCUUUCCGCCGCUCUGCCAAGCAGACCCCACUUUCAGCCAUGGCUGCGCCCCAGACUCCUGACAGUGACAUCUUUACCUUCUCUGUGUCUUUAGAAAUAAAAGAAGAUGACGGUAAAGGUUAUUUUAGUGCAGUUCCCAAAGAUAAGGAUAGACAAUGCUUUAAACUGCGCCAAGGGAUUGAUAAGAAGAUUGUCAUCUAUGUGCAGCAAACAACUAACAAAGAGCUUGCCAUUGAAAGGUGUUUUGGUCUUCUCCUUAGCCCUGGGAAAGACGUACGAAAUAGUGACAUGCACUUACUAGAUUUGGAGUCUAUGGGGAAAAGUUCAGAUGGAAAAUCCUAUGUUAUUACUGGGAGCUGGAAUCCAAAAUCCCCACAUUUUCAAAUUGUAAAUGAAGAAACUCCAAAAGAUAAAGUCCUGUUUAUGACUACAGCUGUUGAUUUGGUAAUAACAGAAGUACAGGAGCCUGUCCGUUUUCUCCUAGAGACAAAAGUUCGAGUAUGCUCACCUAAUGAAAGAUUAUUCUGGCCCUUCAGCAAACGCAGUACGACUGAAAACUUCUUUUUGAAAUUAAAGCAGAUCAAACAAAAGGAGAGGAAGAACAACACGGACACUUUAUAUGAAGUUGUGUGCUUAGAAAGUGAAUCAGAAAGAGAGAGGAGGAAAACUACAGCAAGCCCCUCAAUUCGACUGUCACAGUCUGGAUCUCAGAGUUCAAUGAUACCUUCGCCUCCAGAAGAUGAUGAAGAGGAAGAUAAUGAUGAACCUCUCUUGAGUGGAUCUGGUGAUGUAUCCAAAGAAUGUGCAGAAAAAAUUCUUGAAACAUGGGGAGAAUUGCUGUCAAAAUGGCAUCUUAAUUUGAGUGUGAGACCAAAGCAGUUGUCAUCCUUAGUAAGAAGUGGUGUUCCUGAAGCUCUUCGAGGUGAAGUCUGGCAGCUACUAGCAGGUUGUCACAACAAUGACCACCUGGUAGAAAAAUACCGAAUUCUCAUCACAAAGGAGUCUCCCCAGGACAGUGCUAUCACCCGUGAUAUUAACCGGACAUUCCCAGCCCAUGACUACUUUAAGGACACAGGAGGAGAUGGACAAGAUUCCUUAUAUAAAAUAUGCAAGGCUUAUUCUGUGUAUGAUGAAGAGAUUGGCUAUUGCCAGGGCCAAUCAUUUCUUGCUGCCGUUCUGCUUCUCCAUAUGCCUGAAGAACAGGCAUUCAGUGUUCUGGUCAAGAUCAUGUUUGACUAUGGCCUCAGGGAACUUUUCAAGCAAAACUUUGAAGAUUUGCAUUGCAAAUUUUACCAAUUGGAGAGGCUCAUGCAGGAGUACAUUCCUGACCUGUACAACCACUUCCUGGAUAUAAGUCUUGAAGCACACAUGUAUGCCUCCCAGUGGUUUCUGACACUUUUCACUGCAAAAUUUCCUCUCUACAUGGUCUUUCAUAUCAUCGACCUGCUUUUAUGUGAGGGAAUAAGUGUUAUUUUUAAUGUUGCUCUUGGAUUAUUAAAGACUUCCAAGGAUGACUUGCUACUGACUGACUUUGAAGGUGCCUUGAAGUUUUUCAGGGUUCAGCUUCCUAAGAGAUACCGCUCAGAAGAAAAUGCCAAAAAACUAAUGGAAUUAGCUUGCAACAUGAAGAUUAGUCAGAAGAAAUUAAAAAAAUAUGAAAAAGAAUAUCAUACUAUGAGGGAACAACAAGCCCAACAGGAAGACCCCAUCGAGCGAUUUGAGAGGGAGAAUCGGCGUCUCCAAGAAGCUAAUAUGAGGUUGGAACAAGAAAAUGAUGACUUAGCCCACGAGCUGGUGACCAGCAAGAUUGCACUGCGAAAGGAUCUGGAUAAUGCUGAAGAAAAGGCAGAUGCACUGAAUAAAGAGCUGCUUAUGACCAAACAAAAGUUGAUUGAUGCAGAAGAAGAGAAAAGACGGUUAGAGGAAGAGUCUGCUCAGUUAAAAGAAAUGUGUCGUCGGGAACUGGACAAGGCAGAAUCUGAGAUUAAAAAGAAUAGUUCUAUCAUCGGUGAUUACAAGCAGAUUUGCUCUCAGUUGAGUGAAAGACUGGAGAAACAGCAGACAGCUAAUAAAGUGGAAAUUGAGAAAAUUCGGCAAAAAGUGGAUGAUUGUGAGCGCUGCCGAGAGUUUUUCAACAAAGAAGGGCGUAUUAAGAGCAUCAGCUCAGCUAAAGACGUUUUAGAUGAGGACACAGAUGAAGAAAAGGAAACACUCAAGAACCAGCUCAGAGAGAUGGAACUCGAAUUGGCACAAACCAAGCUUCAGUUGGUGGAAGCUGAGUGUAAAAUACAGGACCUGGAGCACCAUUUAGGACUUGCCCUGAACGAGGUGCAGGCGGCCAAGAAGACAUGGUUUAACCGAACGCUCAGUUCCAUCAAGACGGCAACUGGGGUUCAAGGGAAGGAGACUUGCUGAGAGCAGCUGCUGCCUCUAGACACCUUCAGAAAAUACGACACCUUUUGUUGCCUUCUUUGGCCAGAUGUGUGAUUCUGUGACAUGUCCCAGGACCAGAAUGUAGCUAAGCCAGAUCCAUAGAAGCAUGUUGGUAGGUCAUUGGACCAGAGCUCAUGAAGUAGGCAUUCUCCAGGGUAAGGCCCUCCUAACUACUGAUACUAACAGGCCUGCUAGCUCAAGUGAUGCUCUGGACACUAGAAAAACCACUCUUCGCUGUGGAUCUCCCAGGCCGCUUCUCAGUGUAGGUCAAUACUUCACCCAGCCCAGAGGCUGAAUUGACACUGUCAAGAGUUUGGGGAUCCUUCAAGCUGGUUUUUUUCUAAGCCUUUCUUGUUUUAAAUAACAUACAUGUCAUGCAUACAUAUAUUAUGUAUGGAUACAUAUAUUGGCAGGGUCGCUCAAAUAAUUGUCUCAGUGCCAGCACAGGCAUCUUGGGCAGACACGGAGAAGCACUUUGCUUUAAAUAGGGGGUUUCAUGGUUGAAGCCACUUCGUGUUGUUAACUAUACAGUGAAUGCACAGGUGUUUGGUUUGACAUUAUUCACGUUUCUGAUCAAUUCUAUGCAACUAUUAUAGUCCCUGUUGUUUUUUAGUGGUAGCUGCCAAAAUGACUUGAUAGGGCUAGGGUGGGUGACUUGACUGACUGUGAGACUGGGUUCAUCAUAACAUGGACAAAUCUUUUGCUUAAUGUGUUAUGUCUGUGUGUAUGUCUGUACAUAUAUAUAUAUAUAUAUAUACAUAUAUAUAAUUGACAGUGUUUUAAUCCCCAACCAGGACUGACCUGCACAACUGAAUUGUUUAUUUGGGCACUUAACUUCACUCAAGGCUUGUUGAGCUCUUCUCUUCUCGCUGCCGUUAUGAGAACUGUGAAGAGCUCCCUCACUUCAAGGUUCCCAGUGUUUUUGCACAACAGAUUGUAUAAUUGAGAGAGGCACUGAGGUCUGUGUGUGUUUGUGUAAAUGUGAGUGUGUGCAGGACACACAACGCCACAAGGCUCCCAUCCUGCUCACCUGUCCCUCCCUGCCGGGUCCCCUGGACCCCUCUGGAGUGUGGCUGGGUGUGAACCUCACUGUCGAGAUGGGCUGCAAGUUCUCCAAGUAUGGAAGGGGGUUUAGCACCUUUUAAAAAUAUGUGCAACUUACUUUUUAAUUUAUAUAGUGAGACACUGACAGGCUGUCUUGUAGAUCAUUGUUUUCUCUGCAUACAGUAUGGAGAUAGCUGGUUACAGGAGGCACUGGUUUGUAUAUAAAGACACUUGGGUUGUUUUGUAUUUCUUUUCCUGUUGGCUGUACUAACUGCUUGCUGAGGCCAUCUGUGUCAGGAAGGUAACAAGUGGCAACCCCCUACCCCCCACCUUCCACCCCCUCCCCCACUCCUGUGUCUUUCUCGUUCAGUUACCAGAACAACUUUAAGCCCAUCUAAAACUAGGUGUGUGGACAUUGUGCUAGGGUAGUUCAAGUGUGUCAACUCUAUGAACUGAAAUAUAAACAAGUAAAAUUGUAUUACUAUUUCUUUUGUUGGUUUUAUUUUAACAGCAUAUCCAUUAAAUAUUUUGGUACAAACAGUA